AUGACAGCCAGCCAAGAACUCGAUCUCGCGUCGUCGUCUCAAGGAAUCGAACCAUCCAAUCUAGCACUGAAUGAAGGAGAAGCUCAACACGACGACGAAACACAACCUCAAGUACCACAGAACGUGGUGCCAACGUCACCAGCAGAAGCAUCAGAACAAGACGCUGCUGCCUUUGAUAUGCGGUCCAUUCACGAUCACCCAAUAGGAGGAAAACCUCCAGUGGACGCCGCCUGGGAUACUACCAAGCAGGAUGUCUUUGACGAGGCAACUCCCGCCGCCUUGCAAAAUGUUGUGGUGUUGAAAUCCCAAGCCUUUUCACCAGCGGAAGAAAAGAAGGAACAAAACGACGAUUCACCGUUACCAGAUGAUUGGGAGAGUGUGGGAGCAGGUUUCGGAACUGGAACUCCAAAUGAUACUGAUACUGAUCACGCUGAAACCAAUGAAGCAUCGGAAGAUGUACCUGAGGAGGCGUUCUCGCACCUGUCCUUGGCGGGUAUGGACGACAGCGGUGAACCAAUCGUUACAAUGGAUGAUGAUCCAAAUGAAAUGGAGGGGGCCAACAAAGACGAGUCGGAGAAUAUGAAACUUCGAAAGGACGACGAACCAUUGCUUGGGAGACAAUCUAGUAGUUCUGGUGUUCUUCCUGAGGAUGAGGAGUCGUCUGGCAAGCCGAUUAUUCCAGUCGAAAAGAGAAUAGAGAUGUAUUCCAAUAUGGAACGCGACGAGGAUUCCAGUGUAGACAGUGACGGGGCAAACGAUGACGACGACGACGAGUCAGACGAUAAUGAUCAACCAGAGGAAGUGGCCUACGUGAAUCAGAAUUUGAAUGAGGAAGAGGAAGCACCAAUGCCGCAACAACAGAAGGACAACAAUGACGUCCAAGAAGUGCCACAAGAAGACACGGAGCCCGAAGAGACUGUCCGCAGGGAAGAUGCUCCUACGUUUGAACCAGCAAUUGUCGCCGCCAUGAAUGCGGAUGCAUCCGGACCGUCAUUGGCUCCAACAACGGCAGAAACAGCUACGACAAAGGCAGAUAGUCCUGCAAAGAAAAUCCCGCUCAUUGCUCCACCACCAGCAGGCAAAUUGGAAAAGUGGGAAGAAAGCAAAACUCGGGGUCAAAAGUAUCUUGCAGCCAAAAAGUACGUAACACCCGAGAAAAAGGGAUCUCCCACGCCGCAGACCAACUCGAAUCGAUUUGCGACUCCCGAAAAAGUGAAAUCACCAGGAGAAAUGAGCAUUUCUCCAAGUAGCGGAGGUUCAAACCGCAAGGAUCAAAGAAUGGCGGAAAAAAUUGCACUCGCUAGUUCUGCGGCGGCAGUGACCUUUGCGGAACAAUACCAGCCCGACACCAUUAUUGAAAAACCAGAAGCGGAAGAAGAACAAGAAGGUUCGUUUGUACAACAGUCGAAUGGGAUGCUCUGUGGGGCUUUCACUUGGGAAUCGGCAGAUUCAUAUGGUCAAGAUAGUAUAGCCAAGACAAUUCGAAUGAGUACACAGCAGCGUGACCUUUUUGAUGAACAUUCCAAACAAAAAAUUGAACAUUGGUUCCUGGAAAGAGUGUUGAUGGUCAAGAAAUCGUCAGAGGAGUCAACCGAAAGUCUCCCUUUGCGAACCCAUCUAGAUGACAACUCCAACUUUAAUGCCAUGUGUCAAUACAUUGCCGACUGUUGCAAUGGUGUUACGGUUGAACUUGGCAUGGCUUCCCCUACGGAUAUGGCUGGUUCCACAGACUUUUCCGGGUCAUCGCCAAACAGUAGAGAUAGCGAUUCGUCCAUGGGAGAUGGGAUUGCACCAAAGCGUCCAUGGUUGAAACCAAUGAAAUUGACCGACACGCUUUGGAAUACUACUUCCGGGACUGUUGCGGCUGCCAAUUUUGUGAACUUCUUGUUUCUGGCUGCCAAGUUGUCCAAAAGACCUUCUCCUUUUGGCGAUCGAAAUCCGUUCAUUGACGAUCUAGUCACCAACUCACUUACUGGAACCGAAGUGGAAAAUACCAUCAAUGGCAACUUUUCUCCGCAACAACUCAUAUUCGAACACCCACGGGGACACGCUGAGGAUAUUGUUCAAUUUGUCUACACGGUAUCUCUCAGUUGCGAGUCGCAGAAGGAGAAGAGUGCGUUGCUCAAACUCAAGAGAUCGUUUGCGUCGUCGGAAUUGGGCAUUCCGCCGAGGUCCCGAAGUGAUUCUUUGACUGGUUUCCUCCGGGCGAAAAGUGGGAGAAAAAGCCGUCUGCUUAUCGUACCGGAAGGUCAUCCCAGUCCUUUUGAAGCCAGUGUAUGGAACUCUCCGAGAAUACUGGCAGCUUUCCUCUCCUUCCUGGGCAAUCCUGUGGCCGUUUGCCGAAUGAAAAUGGUCAAUCGAUUUUGCUAUAGAAUCAUCUCUGAGAACCAACAUGUCAUUAUGAAGGAUGCGGUGAGAACCGGAGGAAUCAAUAUGAAUGUUCGCCCUGCAUUUUGGAUGUGGGUGACUCUCCAGCAAUUCAACCAAGGCCAAUCUCCCCCGAAAGCGAACGACAGCGCAUAUCAAAAGUGCAGUGAAGAAGAGUUGCGUGAACUUUCGCAAACAGGAAAGGAUGGAAAGUGGCAGCAUGUCAUUGAACGGGAUGUUCUGCGAUCCUUUGGAAAUAUGCCACCGCACAAGUCGGUUGCUAGGUUACAAAAUGACUCGAUUGUUCGAGCUUUGGUGACCUGGGGACAAAAUAGAAUCAUGACUCGGGGUGUCAAAGGUGGUGGCGAACCUCUUCCCAUUCCCCAUCUUGGAUCGAAGGAGCAGCGCAAGAGUUUGGGCAAACCACCAAGAAGUAACACGCCUGGAAACGUCAGUUCGCCUCCUUGGCUCUGCUCGGGGAACUUUGAAAUGGAUGAAGAUGCCUUGCGCAUUGACACUGCUGUAAGUGACUGGAGUGGUGUCUCACCGGUGCCCAGUUUCACCGGUAGCCAUGCCGAAAGUUUGGAGCGAACGAAUAGCCGACAGUUCUCGGAUACUGGGCAGUUACUGCCUUUGGAUGAAUUGGCGUUGGGAGGCAAUUGUUUGAAGGGUGAUAUGAAGGCGAAGUUACAGGACAAACUCCGGUUUGUUCUCCACGCAUUGGCUACGUCUCAUGAAGGCGUGGGAUAUUGCCAAGGAAUGGACUAUGUUGUAGCUCACUUGCUGAGGAUAUUGCAAGACACUGUCAUGUGGAAGGCUUCGAAAGGAACACUUCCUUCAGUAAUCAGCUCCGCGCCGGAGGUGAAGCGAACGUCAAAUAUGGAAUUCCGAGAUCAGCAACAAAUUAUCCAAAAAGUUGAAAACAGCCUCGUCGUUGAGGAGGUUAUUUUCAAAGUGAUGGACACUCUCUUCACAACGUACAGUUUGAAGCACAUUUACUGGCCGGAACUUCGUUGUUUGAAAACAUUCUGCCGGGUGUUUGAAAGGCUGAUUCAAAUCAAGUUACCAGUCCUUGCUGAUCAUUUUGAGCACCACGAUCUGAAUGUUGGUCUAUUUGCUCUCGGGUGGUUCCAAACUUUAUUCCUGUACUUGCCAUCGAUGCCAUCGGCAACGGUUUGUCACAUGUGGGACAUUUGGCUGGUGGAAAGAAGCUUCAAGAUCUUCUUCCGCGUGGGAACUGCUAUCCUGUUUCUGAGUCAGCCUACGCUAUUGAACAACGAGCUUGAGGGAAUGAUGACAUACCUGAAUACAUUUCCAGAUGCCACUCUCUUGAAACCAGAUAUAUUGAUCCCAUGUGCGCUGAAUAUCAAAGUGACAAACCGACUGCUACAAAGCCUAGAAGCUGAAGUUACUGCUUCAGGAGUAUAA